AUGAAUAUUAUAAGUUGGAAUUGUAGAGGUGCUGGAGGGAAAACUUUUCCUACUCUUAUUAGAGAUAUUAGAAGAGAGUAUAAUGCAAACUUCAUUAUUCUUCUUGAAACUCAUAUAAGUGGUUCGCGUGGGGCUGCUGUUCGUGACAAAAUUGGAUUUGAUAGUUCCUUUAUUGUGGAAGCUAAUGGUCAUUCGGGAGGAAUUUGGUGCCUAUGGGACUCGGGUUCUUGGAAAGUUGAUAUUUUAGAAUAUAAUCAGCAAAUUGUUCAUCUUAGGCUUACCGGUAAUAAUGCUGCUACCUGGCUCCUCUCUGCUGUUUAUGGCAGCCCACAACGCCCAAAUAGAAGAUCCCUUUGGAUUUUCCUCCGUUCCCUGGUAGCCAAUAUCAAUCUUUCUUGGUGCAUCUUAGGAGAUUUUAAUGCUCUUCUUCAUGAUUAUGAAAGACAAGGGGGUACUCGUAGUGCUAAUUCUGGAGCUUUCUCAGACUUUCAAAGUUGCGUUUCUGAUUGUGGAUUGGUGGAUUUAGGUUAUAUGGGCUGGCUUUUCACUUGGAGAAGGGGUGAUUUAGUCGAGAGAUUGGAUCGUGGUCUGUGUAACCUUGACUGGCAGCUGGCCUUCCGCGAAGCUAGCCUUAAGCAUUUACCGAAUUUCAAGUCUGAUCACACGGCCAUCUGCCUCCAACUCUCUACUGAAGCCUCUUACAAUAGACACAGAAGACCUUUCCGUUUUGUUGCUGCUUGGAUUUCUCACCCUGAUUUUCACAGAAUGGUUGAGAAUUCUUGGAAUGUGCAGGAUUCUUGGUCUGAUGGUAUAAUAAGCUUCAAAAAUUCUCUAAAAAAUUGGAAUUAUGAUGUUUUUGGAGAUAUUUUCAAAAGAAAAAUAACUCUUCUCAAACGACUGAAUGGUAUAACUUCAAGCCUUUCUCAGGGCAGUAAUCAAUUUCUUGAGAAGCUCCAAAUUGAUCUCUGGAAGGAAUAUAAAAAUGUGCUCAAUCAGGAGGAACUUCUCUGGUACCAGAAAUCCAGGUGUAAAUGGAUUGAAUUCGGCGAUCGCAACACAAAGUUCUUUCAUGGGUCAACUAUGAUUAAACGUCGAAAAAACAAGGUGACAUCUCUCCUUGACUCUAAUGGUAGCCUUAUAACUGAUAAUAACGCUCUAGAAAAUAUGGCUUUUUCUUUUUAUGCUGAUCUAUAUAAUGAUUCUUUUCCCGAUCACCCCUUUGUCCUUAAUAAUGCUUUUCCUCAGCUUAAUGCAGAGGAUUUGUAUAGUGUUGGCAGGAACAUUUCUGAGUUGGAUAUUAAUGAAGCUAUUUUUCAUAUUGGGAGCUUUAAGGCUCUGUGUAGGAUGGUCUCCAGGCUAUCUUCUACCAAAGCCAGUGGGAUCGUGUUGGUCCUGACAUGUGCUCUUUAG